CUCAGUUGCAGCAGCGCAACGCAUUUGCCCAGACGCACAACUCGCGAUUCGCGGCCAAAACUUAGAGUUACGGAAAUAGACUUGCCUUGGCCAUCGAUCGUUGUAACAACUACACUCGGAAAACAAAAAUAAACUUUUAUGGAAAAAAUAAAAAUGCAUAUCCAGUUCUCAUAUCAACCAGUGUCUCCAUUUGCUUUUAAACGGAACAGCAAAGAAAUUUAUCCAACAAAUUAUUAAAUAUUAAGUGUGCAGUACCAGUAAAAAUGAAUAUUUAUAAAAUUUAAAAUAUCAAAUAUUGAUAAACGUGAAAAAUAAUAAGUGCGUACGUUUUUAAAAUGUAAACAUAAAAAAUGUACUAUGUAUUUGGGUACUUAUGAAAAAGAAGUUACUUGUACUUUGAAAGAUAAAGUGUUUGAAAUAUUCCAUAGAUAUCUUUGUUAGCACUGAAUGUUUUGAGAGUUGAAAAACCUGAGCGUGAUUUAAGAAAUUGGUUUUCGUGUAGUGUGACAGCUAGAAUUGGUCUUGGUGUUGCUGUCGUGCAGUGUUGCUGUUGCUGUUGCCUUCGGGUCGUCGCUCGCGAGGGCUAACUCCUGGCAGUCGCUGUUCGUCCUUGCUGCGGUCUAGAGCCUUUAGCUUUCGCUCUAGCCAGGCUAGAUGCGACGCGUUUGGGGUUGAAGUGUGCGUGUUAAUGGAAACGUAAUGAGUGCGCCGUGCUAAUCGUUAUGCAAUCGCCUAGCUUCGAUUUCCAGCCGCAGUGAAAUGUCUCUAAAGCGUUAUGCAACUCUGCUGGCCUUCGGUCAAACCCAAAAUCAAAAGCACACAAUCCCGUCCACAACAACAUCGGUGCCUGCCACGACGGAGGAAAUUCCAUCAUCAUCGUAUGGAAGUUUCAGCAGCGAGGAGCUGGUGUCCCAGUCCCAACCCCAAUCCCAGUCCCAGGAGCAUGUCUCAUCCUCGUCCUCGGUGUCGACGCACACCACCUACUACACCGGCGGACUGGGGCAAUAUCAUCAGCAGCGCGGUGGCUCAGGAUCUGUCAUUUCGGGCGUUGGUGGCGGUGGAGGACCUGGUGGACCCCAGACGUAUGCAAAUGUUGUCAACGGCAAUGUGAAUCUGCUGCUCGGCGGGGCGAUGCUUUCCCUGGUGACAACCAUUUUGUGUGUGGUCUGCUAUUGUUGCCAUCGGAAUAUCAAAAAGCGGACAGAGGCCGCCUACAGACAGCAGCAGCAUCAGUGGCUCGAAGGCGAUCCCAACAUGGAAAUAUACAGCGUGGAACAGUGCUACGAGACAUCUGGCCUGUUUCUGGGGGACUCCACAGAUGGACUGUCCGCCGUGCCCGCCCUGCACCACGAACCACCGCCCUCGUACGACGCGGUGGUGCUGCACGAGCAGCAACUCCACCAGCAGCAGUUGGAGCAACAGCAGCAGCAGCAAUUGCAGCUGCAGCUGCAACAGCAGCAGCAGCUUCUGAUGCAGCGCGUCUCACCGCCGCCGGGAUACCGCUCCUCGCUGGACAUCAGCGGGGGGCAGGGGACGAGCUUUGGCCGCGGUACACCCGAUGGCAGCGGGGACGCAGUGGCCGGGGGCAGUGCCGCGGGGGCAGCUGGAGGUCUCCUGGUCAACAAGCAGCUGCAGCUGGCCCUGAAUGCCCAAUCCUGCUGCUCAUUGCAGCGGGCCGAGGUGGAGAGCAUGUGGAACGCGGCGGCGGCGGCGGUGGCUGCCCGCAGCGGAAAUUGCCUGGAAAUGGAGACGCUGCAGGUCUGCAAGCCGACCCAGAACAUCAGAUUGAACACCUUCGGGCGGCGGUAUCUGCAGCAGAGCCACCAGCACAGUGGCAACCACUACCGACGCGGCUGUCCGCUGUGCGGCAAGUUCCGCUACGAGGGUGAGGCGGAAGAUGAGCCCCUAACCGCUCUGUCCGUGGAGAGUGGUCUGAAUAUGACUGGGCGAAGGGAGGAGCCGGCUCUAUGUCCCUGUCCCAGCGACAUCGAUAAUGGCAACCACAUUUCUGGGGAUGCUCUGCAGGACGAGGCCAACGGGAAUGUUCGGGUCUGCACUAUUGAUGAACCACCUCAAAAUGACGCCGUGCCCUUGUCCAUAACCGCUGUCAAUGAUGAAAAUGACAACGCAGCAACAUCAGACACACCACAAACAACAUCCAGUGAUGGCAGAGAGCCGGAGGAGGUGGAGCAGGAACAGGAACUGGAGCAGGAACAGGCCACGGGACAACAGGUCGAACAGGAUUUAAACAACAUUAACGAAAACGGCAUCAUCAGCCUGGACAUGAGCAAAAUCAUUGACAGAUCGGGACUGCCCACAUACGAGGGUGCCAUCAAACUGGAGUCCAGUGGUUAUGUGUGAGCCCAACGAGGAAUUAACAUUAGUUAUAAAGCUGUAGUCAAAAAAUCUACAACACAAGUGUGCUUAACUAAGAUAAGUUGCGAAUAGAGAGAAGUGCCAGUAAAAACAACAGGUUUUUCGAACUCAAAGUUUUAAAUUUCGUAAGUGGCUCUGAAUAAGCUUUGAAGAGGGUUAAGAUCUCACUGCAGUUAAUGAAGAAUACCACUCUUAAAUUAUAGGAAUAUACUAUUAAUAUCUAUUCGUUAUUAAGAGCUUAUGGAGGAAGUGUCUGCUAACAUGAACUGGCUAUCCUUGCGAUGUCUGUGGUAAGAAGGAAAAUUUGAAGCAAAAACGGAAACAAUAAUUUUAACGUUCAAGUGUUUAGAAAUAAGCCCAUGCAUAUCCCUGUAAAUGUUCGUUUCGAAUACUCGUAUCAAUAAAAUCAAAUCAAAAGUUGUAAUCGAAAGCAACAAGCAACUCAAUAACCCCAAUUCGCAACCUUCGCCUUAUUGCACACGAGCACUGUUUUGAGUUUAUAAUGCUCGGUCGGACGCAAUCCGAUUGAUUUUGUAUUAAAUACGGGUGGGGAACGCAGCGAAGGAGAUGAUAAAAAACGAAACCAGAGCAAGGAAUGACAUGCAAACAAAUCGCCAAAGACAACGGCUAACAAGCGGCAAGAUAACAGCCAACACCACCCACUCGCCAUUUUUCUCCAACCCCCUUUAGUUUUUCCGUUUUCCUUUUCCACCGCACUUACCUCAGACAGACAACGGGUUUAUGUCUCUGUCUUUUCGUCUGGAUCAUUUGCAUGAGGGGAUCAAGAGAAAUUCAAGGGGAAAAGUGUCACCAGGUCGGCUACGAGAUUCUCUUACAUAAUUAUAACAACUCUCUUUAAAUAUCUAAUGGACUGUGCAAAUGGUUUUGAAACAGUUGCAAAGUAUAUCAGCGCUCAAGUUAACCUAUUAAUUUAAGCUCUGACCAUAAUUAACUAAACAACAAAACAACACUGAAUAUUAAGUAUGCGUACAUAUUUUCAUAAAUAUCAAGUAUACGCAACGUUCGCAUAC